GGGGCAGAACACCGCCGACCUUUUCUUUGUCGUCUCCAGCUGCAGCGGCUCCGUUGUGUCCUUUACACCUGAGAGGACACCUACGGGUAAACGAAGAAGGAGGAACUCAACCAGCUGUGUGUGCGCGACUUGUUUUCAGUAGGAUAUAUAUAAAUAAACGAAAACACAUAAACAAACACGUAUUUUUGACUUCGGUUUUUGGAUGGAGCUCAUUUCAAUUGUUUAAGAGUAUUUUCCCUUCUUCUUCUGUUUUAGUCCUCCGCUAAUUCCGCGUCGAAAUCAUGCGUGUUCUAGUGCAUGUUCGCGAGAAGAUCAUCCCGCUACAGUGCGGGGACGGCACGCAGCAGGUCAUGUGGCUGGGCAACGCUGCCAUGAUCCACUACGACGCCAGCUUUGGCAAGAAGUUCGGCCCUCCCGUUUCGAUACGGAAAGAGGGCGGCGUGCAGUGCGAUUUAGAGGCGCGUGUGUGCGACGUGCUCGACGAUGGCCAGCACGUCUUCGUCACGCUCGAGGUGGACGAAGUGGAGGCGUAG